CACUGAGCCACGCCCUGCCGGGCUACAUCACCUCUUUGAGCCUGUGUGCUCACAUAUAAAAUUGGGAACCAAUAAUAUAUGAUAGGGUUGUUGUGAAGACUCAGUGAAGAAAGUACAUAGUACAAUGCAUGGCACAUAGUAAGUGCUCAUUAAAUAUUAGGCAUAAUAAUAAUUAUUUUAUCAUCAUCAUCAUCAUCCCCUUGAUGAUUGUUAUGAAAGUAUGAUUAUUUCCAUUUUUCUGAACAAGGAAACUAAAGCCCAAAGGGUUUAUUUAGGUAAUAUGUCCAAGGUGAAAUGGCUAAUCAGUAGUGGAGUUGGGAUUUGAACAUUGGUCUCUUUCACUCAUACUUUGCAUUCACAUUACGCUGCCUCUUCAGCCUAUGAUUAUAAUUAGAUUUUCUAUUAAAGAAAGUAUGUGUUAGGAGAGGGCAGAGGAUGUGGGAAAUGUUACUAGCCACUUCUCUUUUCCACUAUAGACCCAAGUCAUCUUGUUAUAGAAAAAUUUCCAGUAACACAAAGAUGAUAAGUUUCACUCAGCAGUACAAAUUAAAUAUGAAAUGUUUAAUUGUGUUGUAAAAUAUAUAUUAUGCAAGAUUCAUUAAAAUCUUAGCACUCUGCAUUAAUAUAGUGAACUAUUUAUCACAUGCCUAACAUGUUUGUCUGUAUCAUUUUUUUAGAUUAUAAACUUAACAGAGCUAUAACCAUCUUUUUUUUUUAAUCGGGCACUUAGUGCUUUUUUAUGUGAUUAUAGUUAUAUGUGAGAUGAAAGUUAGAAUCCUCAUCUCUGCCAACACCAAAUGAAUACUUGAUAAUUAAAGAAAGAAAGAAAAAUAGACUUGGGGCCUGGACACUCUGGAGGUCUUCAGCUACUCCUUGUAAAAGACCUAGGGAGAAAUAAAUGUAGCUAAUCAGGGCUGAUUGUUUACAGGUGGGCAUUUGCCCUCUAUGUAUUUAUUUCCUCCAUUUCUGUUGCUUAAACAUGUACUUAGGCUCCCUGGCCACACAUGUCAAAGUCAUGGACACAUCAUCUUGUUAUAGCACAGACACCAUAGCAGUGCACUGAUACUAUGCAAGGUUGGGCCAUGCAUGUCUUUGAACUGAAAACACAUUCUUGAGCUGGUCUAAUGUACAAAAUCUUGUCUGGAGUUGCCUUGCACAUAACCCGUUCUUUGUUCUUUUAAUGAAUUUUUAUUUUUUCAGUAUGUUUGAAAUCUCAGCUGCUGAGGCUCUCCUGCUGCUGUUCUUUACGCCACGUUACUUUUUUUCUUUUGCAGACACCAUCUCUGUAGGUAGGAGCCAGGAUGCCCUCAGUCUGAAUCCUGGCCCUGCUGCUAUGAACUAACUCUGUUAUAAAACAUGGAGGCUGGCUCAGUGGUUCGAGCCAUCUUUGACUUCUGCCCUAGUGUCUCAGAGGAGCUGCCACUCUUUGUGGGAGAUAUUAUUGAGGUGUUGGCAGUGGUGGAUGAAUUUUGGCUUCUAGGAAAGAAAGAGGAUGUCACAGGACAGUUCCCCAGUAGUUUUGUGGAAAUUGUCACCAUUCCCAGCCUGAAGGAGGGAGAGAGGCUGUUUGUCUGUAUCUGUGAAUUUGCAUCCCAAGAGCUGAACAGUCUUCCCCUCCAUCGAGGUGACCUAGUGAUUCUCGAUGGCGCUCCCACGGCCGGCUGGCUGCAAGGCCGAAGCUGCUGGGGUACCCGGGGCUGCUUCCCAUCCUCGUGUGUUCGGGAGCUCUGCCUGUCCUCACAGAGCCGGCAGUGGCACUCGCAGAGUGCCCAGCUCCAGAUUCCUGACUAUUCGAUGGGACAAGCCCGGGCACUGAUGGGGCUUUCUGCCCAGCUGGAUGAGGAGCUGGACUUCAGAGAAGGGGAUGUGAUUACCAUUAUCGGAGUUCCUGAACCAGGCUGGUUUGAAGGGGAGCUAGAGGGUCGAAGAGGCAUUUUUCCAGAAGGUUUUGUAGAGCUUCUGGGGCCCCUGAGGACUGUGGAUGAGUCCGUAAGCUCUGGAAAUCACAGUGACUGCCUUGUGAACAGUGAAGUAGAUACCCCUGCGGGAGAAGACAGAGGGUCCGCAGAGGAGAACGAGCCCGCAGGGACCUACGGAAUUGCCCUCUACAGAUUCCAAGCCCUGGAGCCGAAUGAGUUGGAUUUUGAGGUGGGCGAUAAGAUCCGAAUUCUGGGGACUCUGGAAGAUGGCUGGCUAGAAGGAUCACUGAAGGGCAGGACAGGCAUCUUUCCUUACCGGUUUGUAAAGUUAUGUCCGAAAACAGAGGCGGAGGAAACCGUGGACCUGCCACAGGAAAGCAGCCUCACCAGGGUCCCUGAAACGUCUUUGGAUUGCUCAGAGAACUCCUUAGUACUGGAGGAAAAAGGACACGAAUCUCAUGAGUAUGAAGCAGAGAAGUCCAACUGUAUUAUUUCGGAAACAUCUGCUUCUCCCUCAGGUCACCUGGUGUCUAAAUAUGAAGCAAGCAUAAUCUCUCACUGGGAUGAGGGCACCUCUAGGGGGCUGCCGAGAAGCCCCGGCGCAGGGCAUGAGCAGCCUCUUGCCAAUGACUCCUCCACCAAGGAUCCUUCAGAGGUAGUCAAUGGUGUUUCCUCCCAGCCUCACGGACCUUUCCCUCCCCAACUGCAGAAAAACCAGUAUUAUUCUAGAGCAGGAGGGAGCCACCCAGGCUCAGAGCAUUUCUCUGAUCCUUUUCCUCUAGAAGCAAGGACUAGAGACUAUUCCAGCCUGCCCUCCAGAAAAACAUGCUCCCAGCCUAGAACCCUGAUGAAGCUAGAGUCUCCCCUUUGCAGCGGCUCUUCUCUUUCAGCCUCUAGGGUGGUCAGACCCAGCCAGUUGAGCCCUCAGCUCCAGGGUGUGGCAAGGUGUACCAAAAAGUACCACACACCCAAAGAAAAAAGUGCUUCCCACUUUUGUUCAGAGAGGAAGCCUGGUCUGCAAGACACAGUUCCCGCCAUGGAAGCAUUGACCCUUCCGCAGGGAGACGGCAGCGUUGACCUGGACUCGAAGUUGACACAACAGCUGAUAGAGUUUGAGAAGAGUCUGUCAGGGUCUAGCACAGAACCAGAGAAAAUUUUGCGCCACUUUUCAAUCAUGGACUUCAGCUCUGAGAAGGAUAUUGUCCGAGGUUCCUCAAAGCUAAGCCCCCAGCAGGAGCUGCCUGAGAGGAGAAAGGCCCUAAGGCCACCGCCACCCCGACCCUGUACUCCAGUAUCCACUUCUCCCCAUUUGCUGGGGCUCCAGAACCUGAAACCUGAGCUGCCCUUGGCAGUGCGGCCCUCUCGCCCAGCUCCCCUGCCUCCCUCAGCUCAGCAGAGAAUGAGUGUGGGACCCCCCAAGCUCCUGACCUGUCACCGUCCUAGCUGCGAGACCCUAGAAAAGGACGCCCCUGAGAGUACGGGAAGGACUUUGGACCAAACUUCCCAGUGCCCAUUGGUAUUGGUGAGAAUUCAGGAGGUGGAACGGGAGUUGGAUAUGUAUAGCAGGGCUCAGGAAGAGCUCAGUCUAAUGCUGGAGAAGCAAGAGGAAUCCUUAAGGGCAGAGACCCUUGAGAAUCUUGAGUUCUACGAGGGCAACAUCGAAAGUUUGAAUAUGGAACUCCAGCAACUUCGAGAAAUGACGCUCCUCUCCUCCCAGUCCUCAUCUCCUGUUGCCGCUUCUGGGUCUGUAUCCACUGAAAACCCAGAGCAGAGGAUGCUGGAGAAGAGAACCAAGGUGGUGGAAGAGCUUCAUCAGACAGAACGAGACUACAUUCGGGACCUGGAAAUGUGCAUUGAGCGGAUCAUGGUUCCCCUGCAGCAGGCACAGAUACCGAACAUUGAUUUUGAGGGACUUUUUGGAAAUAUGCAGAUGGUAAUAAAGGUCUCGAAGCAAUUACUGGCCGAUCUGGAAAUCAGCGAUGCUGUAGGAUCUGUGUUUCUUGAUCACCGGGAUGAGCUUGAGGGAACAUACAAAGUUUACUGCCAGAAUCACGAUGAGGCCAUCUCACUGCUGGAAAUCUAUGAGAAGGAUGAGAAGAUCCAGAAGCAUCUUCAGGACUCCUUGGCAGAGCUUAAGAGCCUGUACAACGAAUGGGGAUGCACAAAUUAUAUUAACCUGGGCUCCUUCCUCAUCAAACCAGUACAGAGAGUAAUGCGUUACCCACUGCUGCUAAUGGAAUUGCUGAAUUCCACCCCAGAAUCCCACUCGGAUAAAGUGCCUUUAACCAACGCAGUCCUUGCAGUCAAGGAAAUCAACGUUAACAUUAAUGAAUAUAAACGUCGAAAGGAUCUGGUCCUCAAGUACCGGAAGGGUGAUGAAGAUAGCCUCAUGGAGAAAAUUUCUAAACUGAACAUCCACUCCAUCAUCAAGAAAUCCAACCGAGUUAGCAGUCACCUGAAGCAUCUCACUGGCUUCGCUCCACAGAUAAAAGAUGAAGCAUUUGAAGAAACAGAAAAGAACUUCCGAAUGCAAGAAAGACUGAUCAAAUCUUUUAUCCGAGACCUGUCUCUCUACCUCCAGCACAUCCGGGAAUCAGCGUGUGUGAAAGUGGUGGCUGCUGCAAGCAUGUGGGAUGUGUGCAUGGAGAAGGGACACAAGGACUUGGAACAGUUCGAGAAGGUGCAUCGCUACAUCAGUGACCAGCUCUUCACAAACUUUAAGGAGAGGACAGAGCGGCUUGUCAUCUCCCCCCUCAAUCAGUUACUGAGCAUGUUUACAGGGCCCCACAAGCUGGUGCAGAAGCGCUUUGACAAGCUGCUGGAUUUCUAUAACUGCACGGAGCGGGCGGAGAAGCUGAAGGACAAGAAGACUCUGGAGGAGCUGCAGUCGGCCCGGAACAACUACGAGGCCCUGAAUGCGCAGCUGCUGGAUGAGCUGCCCAAGUUCCACCAGUACGCCCAGGGCCUCUUCACCAACUGCAUCCACGGCUACGCCGAGGCCCACUGCGACUUCGUGCGCCAGGCUCUGGAGCAGUUGAAGCCACUGCUUUCAUUACUUAAAGUUGCCGGCAGAGAGGGAAACCUUAUUGCCGUCUUCCAUGAGGAGCACAGCAGAGUUCUUCAGCAGCUCCAGGUUUUCACCUUCUUCCCAGAGGCUCUCCCAGCUACCAGGAGGCCAUUUGAGAGAAAGACUGUGGACCGCCAGUCUGCUCGAAAGCCACUCCUGGGCCUGCCCAGUUACAUGCUGCAGUCGGAAGAACUGCGGGCCUCUCUUCUUGUGAGGUAUCCCCCAGAGAAACUCUUCCAAGCAGACCGGAACUUCAAUGCUGCUCAAGACCUGGACGUGUCACUCCUGGAAGGUGACCUGGUAGGCGUGAUCAAGAAAAAGGACCCCAUGGGCAGUCAGAACCGCUGGCUGAUUGACAACGGAGUCACAAAAGGCUUCGUGUACAGCUCCUUCCUGAAGCCCUACAACGCCCGCCGCAGCCACUCCGACGUCUCUGUGGGCAGCCACUCCUCCACCGAGUCAGAGCACAGCGGAUCCUCCCCCAGGGUCCCUCGGCAGAACAGCAACAGCACCUUGACCUUCAACCCCAGCAGCAUGGCUGUGUCCUUCACGUCAGGGCCUUGCCACAAACAGCCUCAAGAUACAUCAUCAUUAAAGGAACUUGACCAAGGAACUCUCAGUGCUUCCUUCAACAUGGGCAGUUCAGAGAGCAGUCCUUCCAGCUGCCCUUCAGAGCCGCACCCCACCUCCCAGCCCAGGCCCUGGGACCCCGCAGGUGUAGCCCAAGACAUCGACCAGCCUGCCCCCACCCCAAGGAGCUACCGAAACUCCAGGCAUCCAGAAAUGGCUGGCUGCUCCGUACCAGGGCGAAACGGGCAGGGCAAAGACCUCGUAAAAGGCUGUACAAGAACAGCCCAGUGCCUGGAAGACAAAAACGAAGAGCCAGGAGGCAGCGAGGCAGAAGGCAACCAGGUCUAUUUUGCUGUCUAUACCUUCAAAGCGCGGAACCCAAAUGAACUGAGUGUGUCAGCCAACCAGAGACUCAAGAUCCUGGACUUUAAAGACGUCACAGGAAAUACGGAAUGGUGGCUGGCCGAGGUUAACGGGAAGAAGGGCUAUGUUCCAUCCAAUUAUAUUCGCAAAACCGAGUACACCUGAGCCUGUUCUGCUUCCCACUCAGCCUUGCUGCCCUCGCUUCCUUCUGCUGGAGACCCCGGUGGUCCACUGAGGGCACCGGCUCUGGAGACACAGGCCCUGUCCGCAUCGCUUAACCGCGCCACUGGAGGCCCAAGAUCCGUCUUGUUCCCUUCCAUUGGCUUCUCAACCUUGAUGCUUACUAGAAUUUCUGGACCUGCGGUGAACCCUGGGGCUGGAAAAUAAUUCCGUGACCAUAAGAAGAGCGGCAAGUCCGAGGUCAGCCUAUGGGAAUGAGAAGUUUCCAGUCAGAAGACCAGCAUCCUGUGUAUGCUGGGAGCCACACAAUAGCAUUAGAAGAUGUUGGCUUUGGUUGUACCAUGCUGAGCUUGGGGUGGCCCCAUGCUUCACGAUCACCUGACAGAGACCAACAUGGAUGAAAGAAUUCUCCAGAAGCCCUUGGAUGCUGUGCCUCAGCCUGUGGCAAGGAUUUUGCUGAGAUUGUAGCAAUUCCGGGGUUUCGAAGCUUCGGUGUCUAACACACAUUCACACACAUACGAGCACCCCAUUUUCUAAAAGUCCUUAAAACACUACCAUAUGUAACCUUUUUCCUAUUUCACUGCAUUUCCACAUUGGUGAUGCAGCAUCCGGCUGCUUGCUUUCUCCUUUUGAAAAGUAUUUAGCGUCUUUGUUUUCCUCCGACCUUUAUCGGAAGGGUUCUGGUUUCUUUAGGUGCAGCCACGUACCCCUUUCUGACAGUCAUGUCUACGCUGUCCAGUCAGCGUGUGACACUCCCGCGGCCCUCUGUCCUGCUGCCCAAUAACUGGUAGGUUUUCCGAGGACAGUCAGAGCUCCAGCCAUUCCGAUAGAAGGAUUCGCCCUGCAAUGAGCCGGAACCAGCCCAGCCUCCUGGAGGAGGGAUGCCUUCCUCCACCCAAGCACAGUGCUACCCCCAGAUGCAGAAAACUAACGUGUCUUAUUUGAAUUAGGCUACGCAGUCCCCAAAUAGCUUAUCCUAGACUUGGAUAUAAGCGUUUUCUGUUUCACCUCUAACCUCCAUGUUUCAGAGACCACAGUCUAAGCCAAAAUGAUUCUAAAGUGCCUGAUUGUCCCUUUGUCCGGCCUCAGGAAGAUGUUUGCUAAUCCCCACAUGAAGACCCUCCCCUGAAAGUUUUAUUGGAGCAGGGCUCUUAUUUAAGGCCUGCCCCAGAUGUGAAGCCUACCUUGGAACAAGAAACUAUGAAUUUGCCUUAAGGGAAUUAAGAACAGCCUUACAGCCCCUGCGCCACCAACUGCACCUUCGGCCUAAAUAUCCUAAUGGGUCAGGAGACACCUGUGGACUCCUGAGCCCCCACUCGCCUGUGGGUCAGUCAGAAGGCAGCAACGCGAGCCUCUUGUGACUAGUGUUUAUAUUUAGAGAUGUUUCUACUGAAGUAGUUAUUUUAUAAAUAAAAGCAUUUCUAAGGACCAUGAA